GAGCCGCCGCCCGGGCCCCCCGCCCUGCCCGCGGCGCCAUGAGCGAGGCGUUGUACGAGAAGUUCCUGGCCCCGGACGAGCCCUGCCCGCUGCUCUGCCACCAGCCCCCGCCGCGGGCCGCCAGCCUGAGCGAGGAGGGCUGCCUGGAUGUCAGCGACUUCGGCUGCCAGCUCUCGUCCUGCCACCGCACCGACCCGCUGCGCCGCUUCCACUCCAGCAGGUGGAACUUGACUUCUUGUGGAACAAGUGUAGCCAGCUCAGAAUGCAGCGAGGAGCUGUUUUCAUCAGUUUCAGUUGGUGAUCAGGAUGACUGCUACUCUCUAUUGGAUGACCAGGAGUUCACAUCUUUUGAUCUGUUCCCAGAGGGUAGUGUCUGCAGUGAUGUCUCCUCUUCUAUUAGCACAUACUGGGAUUGGUCAGACAGCGAGUUUGAGUGGCAGUUGCCUGGCAGUGACAUUGCAAGUGGGAGUGAUGUACUUUCUGAUGUCAUACCUAGUAUUCCAAGCUCUCCGUGCUUGCUUCCAAAAAAGAAAAACAAGCAUAGGAAUCUUGAUGAACUCCCGUGGAGCGCGAUGACAAAUGAUGAACAGGUUGAAUAUAUUGAAUACCUGAGUCGGAAAGUCAGUACUGAGAUGGGUCUUCGAGAGCAACUUGAUAUUAUUAAAAUUAUUGAUCCCACUGCUCAGAUCUCGCCUACAGAUAGCGAGUUUAUUAUUGAAUUAAACUGUCUCACAGAUGAAAAAUUGAAACAGGUGAGAAACUAUAUCAAGGAACAUGGUCCUCGACAACGAUCUGCAAGGGAAAGCUGGAAGAGAAGCAGCUACAGUUGUGCAAGCACCAGUGGCGUGAGUGGUGCAAGUGCCAGCAGUAGCAGUGCCAGUAUGGUCAGCUCAGCAAGCAGCAGCAGUUCCAGUGUUGGCAACUCUGCUUCAAAUUCCAGUGCCAACAUGAGUCGAGCGCACAGUGACAGUAAUUUAUCCACGAGUGCUGCAGAGAGAAUCCGGGAUUCAAAAAAACGUUCUAAGCAACGGAAGCUCCAGCAAAAGGCUUUACGCAAGAGACAGCUGAAAGAGCAGAGACAGGCUCGUAAGGAAAGACUGAGCGGAUUGUUUCUUAAUGAAGAAGUGCUCUCUUUAAAAGUGACUGAGGAGGACCAUGAAGGAGAUGUGGAUGUUUUAAUGUGACAGGGAUGAAUUUAUCAGUGUUCUUUCUAAGCCUUAAGUGUAUUAUCUUUGUUUACAUACGUUUCUUGACCAAAAUUUUGAUUAGGACAGAGCUAACAAUGUAUCAAACAGAACCCUCUAUUGAGUGUAAUUUUAAUAAUUUGAACAUUUAUAAUUUUAGAGUGAGCUAACUCUUUAAGACUAACCAUUUUGUCUAAGAUUGAGACUGCAACAGACAAUUUCACAGUGACUUUAACAAGCUGCUGAGAAGAUACUGUCUAAAAAAUAAGCCACUGAAUUAGGUUUGUAUGGUAUUUGGUUUCAAGACUGUUAAAUGGGUUGGUACUCGCUUAGACACACUGAUACUGAUAGCAAACUUUGGAAAAAAAAAAACCUGUUUCUAAAUAGGAAAUCUCACCUUUAUCUUGUUCUGUGGGUUCCCUUAUUUCUUAUUAGGAGGUUUGUUUUCAUGAAAACAGGAUCUUAGUUCUAUAAGUUACUCUGUUCUUGCCCCUCACCAUAUCAAAUCCUAAUACUUCAUGAAAUUAAAUUGGAUAUUUUGGAAAUGAUGGUUAUGAUUUCACUUAAAGAAUUAUGAAGUCAUUGGGGAGUAAUAAGCAGAAGCAGACUUCUCACCACAACAAACUGUAAUGCAAAUGUCAGCUAGUAACAAAAUGUAGUAGAAAAUGGUCAUUUUCAAAAGUAGAAUUUUUUCUAGGAGGAAUUGGCUGUUCUUUAAGAUGUAAAACUUAGUCUCUAAAAGGUUAUCUUGCUCCUCAAUAUUUGAAUGAUUAGUUUUUUGGUUCCUUUGAUAGUCUUAUUUAUGUUAUUAAUGGUUAAUCAGUACAUACUCUUUCUUGAUGUU